GGUGGUCUUGCAUGCAUCCCAACUUUUUUGUGGGAUUUCUCCAGCGUUCUUGUGAACUUACGUGUUUCUUCGGCGUUUUUGUGGAAAGGCUUUGCAUUCUUUUCUGGCAUUCUUAUAAGUGGUUAUAUGCAUUUUUUCACUGUGGAUUUGGCUUGUCUUGUCUUCGUUGGAUCUGGAAAUUGCGUGGACGUAGCUCUUGGUGAGUA